AUGCCUGCCAAGGGAGCAAGAGGCGGCAGGGGCCUCAAGAGCCCCAACCGCGUCAACAAGACGGCUUCGCCGGCGAGAGCCACCCGCUCCCGCCAGCGGUCUCGUUCAAACUCGCCUCGGGUGCAGCAGCGCCUCGAAGAGGCUGUCGGUGCCCAGCAGGGCCGUACCAAGCUUCCCAAGGGCCGGGCCAUGACCCAGCUGUCCCGAUCCUCGUCCCUCGCAAGCAGCCCUCCUGCCACCGCCGGAAGUGCGCGAGAGUCCAGCCAGACCCAGCCACGUACCAACACCUUCAAAGCCGUGAAUGCGCCAGUCGCCCAGAUGGCCGACGUGGCCCACAUGGUCGCCGACGCCAUCACGGACGGGGCGUACCGAACCUCGGACAACAGCGCGGACAACCUUCCGCCUCUUCGUCACGACGAAUCCUCUGAAGGUCCACAUGAGGCCCAACCCACCUCUUCCUCCUCAUACGAGAACGACGAAACUCACAACAGUUCUGUCGACAGCAACGAGGAGGAUGACGACCAGCCCAUGACCGCCGAAGAGAUGGUCCGUCGCACCUAUGGCGACAGACCCAAGAUCGAAAGCGCCCAGUGCGUCAAGCUCGCCGGCGAACCGGCUCGCCGCGAGCCCGUCCAGCGCCGCCCCGGACAGAAACUCAACCUCGACCGUCGCAGCAACGUCGAGGCCCUUCUAUGCCAUGUCGUCGGAACCCCUGCCGAGCAGCAGUGCAAGAACUGCCGCAAGGGCCACGGUCCCUGGAACAGCUGCGUCGUCCACGAGGGACUCAUGUGCAACAGCUGCUCCAACUGCUGGUUCAACGCUAGCGGUGCCCGGUGCACCUUCCAUGUUCCCGACAAUAGCGGCAACCGCCAGCAAGGCCAUGGCGUCCCUCAAGGCGCCCCCGUCGCGGCCCAGGGUCAGAUGCAGCAGCGCCAGUCAAUCCCUGCCCCUCCGCCGUAUCUCCCUCGGCAGCAACAAGCUCCUGUGCAGACCGCCACCCAGCCAGUCGGUUUCCGCAACCUCUCCGGCGGCAGCGCUGGCCAGUAUCGCAUGAACGAAGGCGUCCACCGUGCCAUGUCUCGUGGCCUCAACGGCGCUGUUGUCGCCACCCACGAAGAACGUAUGCUCGCGAGGAUCGAAUCCGCUGCUCAGGAGCUCGGCAUGCGGAUCGCCGAGUAUGACGAAUACCUCAGGACCAUCCAUAACCCGACCGCGCCCACCGGUGCCCCCGCGUCGUCGGCCCAGAAUCAGCAGCAGCAGUAG